AUGCGCCUCGCUGCCCUCCUCCUCGCGUCAACUGCCUUCGCCGCACCCUUCCUCCAAAGCUCGAAAUGGUCAAAACGGAACUUGGACAAGACUGACUUUCAGAUCAUCAAUUUGGCGAGGAAUCUCGAAUCUUUAGAAUUGGCAUUAUGGAAUCAAGCUUUGACCAACUUCACCGAUGCGGACUUUGCCAAGGCGGGCUACACCGGGUUCAGGAAAUAUAUCGAGUUGUUUAGGGAUCAAGAGAUUGCUCAUUUCACAGGAGGUUUCAAAAAUUGCACAUACAAGUUCCCGGUGACCACACCUAAGGAACUCCUCACUGUGUCACAAGUUAUCACUACCGUUGGCGAAGCAGCUUUCAUCGGUGCAUCUGGUAAUUUGACCGAUCCCGCGGCCAGACAAGCUGGGGCGUCAAUUCUGAGCAACGAAGCUCGUCAGAACUCUAAGCUUCGCGAAGAGAGUGGACUUGACUUCUUCAACGCUGUCAACUUCGAUACUGCCUUGACCGCAUCUCAAGCAUACUCCCUUGCACACCCUUUCCUAAGCUCAUGUCCAUCGACCAACCCGGCAAUCAACUUCACUCUGAUACCGCCUCUCAGUGCUUCCUUCACUUCGGGCUCCCCGCCUCACAAAGCAGGAGACGAGAUCACGUUGACGUGGAACGCAUCUCAAUUUUACCCGGGAAACAACGUACACGUUGAAUUUUUGAGUGACAUGUACUCAAUCCCAAUGGCACUCAACCGGACGGACAUCUCCGGAGGUACGAACGGCAUGGGCAAGGGAACUACCCGUCUUCCACAGGGUAUUAACGGGACGGCUUUCAUCGUUGCUACUAAUUUUGACGGGAAAGGCCCGAUACCUGAUGCGAACAACUUCGGGAUUGGGUAUGUGGUGGUUGCUUGA